ACACCCCGUGCCACCAAGAUGCCCAAGAGGAAGGUCAACUCCACCAAAGGGGCGGCAAAGGAGGAGCCCAAGCGGAGAUCCGCGAGGUUGUCGGCUAAACCUGCUACUGCAAAAGUGGAAACGAAGCCAAAAAAGACAGCGGGAAAGGAUAAAUCUUCUGACAAAAAAGUGCAAGCAAAAGGGAAAAGGGGACCAAAAGGAAAACAGGCUGAAGUGGCUAAUCAAGAACCUAAGGAAGAUUUACCCACAGAAAACGGAGAAACUAAAAACGAGGAGAGUGCAGCCUCUGAUGAAACGGAAGAGAAAGAAGCCAAGUCUGACUAAGCACA